CAUUUUAGAAUUGAAUAUUUGUCCAAAUAAAAUAUACUUUAUUGCAGUACAAAAGUUCUUCCUCUGUUGCACCAACUUUCCCACCCCCUGCCUAUAUAAAUAUGUCGACCAAGCUCUCCUUAUUUCAGUGUCAAGUAAUACUUGUGCAACUCUAGCAUUGUGGGUGAGAGACGAGUGCUAGAGAUUUGCAAUUCUUUGGCUACAAACAUACAAAAAAAGAGAUGGCUGCUAUUUCUGGUCACUGGGCUUUUGCUUUUGGUGUUCUUGGUAACAUUGUCUCAUUCAUUGUGUUCCUUUCUCCACUGCCUACGUUUUAUAAAAUUUACAAGAAGAAAUCAACUGAAGGCUAUCAAUCAAUUCCAUAUGUGGUUGCUCUCUUUAGUUCCAUGGUUUGGAUUUAUUAUGCAUUUCUCAAGACAAACACGACCCUUAUCAUCACUAUAAACUCCUUUGGUUGUUUCAUUGAAACUAUCUACGUCGGUUUCUAUCUUUUCUACGCACCAAAGAAAGCCAGGGUCCAAACUGUGAAGAUGCUCUUAUUAUCAGUAGUGGGUGGCUUUGGCGUUAUUGUCCUUGUUACCCAAUUUCUAUUCAAAGGUGCCGCUCGUGGUCAAGCGGUUGGAUGGAUUUGCCUUGUAUUUUCCUUAUGUGUAUUUGUAGCUCCGUUGGGCAUUGUGAGACUAGUAAUCAAAACAAAGAGUGUGGAAUACAUGCCACUCCUCCUAUCCGUUUUCCUCACAUUAAGUGCUGUCAUGUGGUUCUUCUAUGGUCUUCUCGUAAAGGACAUUAACAUAGCU